GUGAUUGCAAAGUGUCCGGGUUGUUGUAACCGAGCUCUCUUUCUAAUUAAUCGAAGUCCUUCCAUUUUCUACCUCUAUCCCGCUUCCAGUAUGGCGUCUUCUGCAACAAUUCGGUCGCUUCAGCGGAAACAUCCCCUGCAGCGCCUGUCCAGCCCGUCUAGAGGCUUCUCGGCCUUGGUCCAUUCUCUUGGUCUAGCCAGCUUCAUCUUCUCGUUCAAGUACAUGCACGAGAACCCCAAUAGGGCUAAUGAAGCAUAUGGUUGGCAUUUCCAGUACCUGACCGUCAUUGGGCUGACGCUGGCCACGCUCACCUUUACCGCCGGUCUGCUGGCGGAUAUGACGUUAUCGGCUCGGCUAUUUUUAGCCAAGAACCUUCUUUCUGUAUGCAGCGCUCCAAUGGAAGUGUUGAUCAGCAUCCUAUACUGGGGGCUCCGUCUGAUCGACAAGCGUUUGGUUGUUCCUGAUUGGGUGAUACUUCCUAUGCAUGCCGACGUCGGCUUCCAUGCUGUACCGUCGAUUGUAUUACUGAUUGACCUUCUCCUCCUUUCCCCUCCUUGGACGAUUACUGUUCUCCCUGCACUAGCUCUGUCCAGUACAAUCGCUUUUGGAUACUGGUUUUGGAUCGAGCGUUGCUUCCAGUUCAACGGAUGGUAUCCUUACCCCGUCUUCGAUGCUGUAGGAUUUGAGGGUCGCGUUGGACUCUUCGCCUUGAGCGCCGUUGUCAUGGCGCUGAGCACGGGAACCCUCAAAUGGCUCUAUGGCCGCGUGAACGGAUACGGAACGAGCGCCAAAGCCCAGUCUCGUCCUGGAGCGAUCAAAAGCAACGGCAGUAUCUAACCGUAUAUCUUGAGUUGCAGGGUAUGACGGUGGACCUACUGAUUCAGACGAGAUAUAACCCGCCAAGGUAUAGAAGCGAUCAUAUUUGUUACCAGCAUCUAACACUUCAGCCAAUUAAUACGAUAUAUACGAGUCCUUUACUCCCGAGAUAUACCAUACAAUAUUACGCAUCUCUUUCUUCAACCACUAGACUCGAUACCCCGCAAGCGCUCUGGACCCCCGCAUUUUAUAGCCGAGCUCAUUCAACACCAAGAGCAAAUUACAUAACAGAAAUAGUGUCUGCCAAACAACCAGCCUAUUCAAGCCUUCUACAGUCAUUAAAUUUUCGGCCCAAUCUUCCUUCAGAGAAACUACUCGAACCCCCUAGUAGUGGUCUCAAUCCGCUGCUCACCCAAUAUCGACGUUGCAAUCUUCAUCUUCGCAUCCUAUUCAAGCACCAGAUCAACCGAUCACAACCAGCGGGUCUUCUCUUCUACAACGCACCACCAAUAUACGUGGUGAUUGAAAUGCAACAUGGCGGGAUUUUUUCUAUCUGUACACCUAAUUCUGACAUGCAUUUCUUUUCAUCUGCUUCACGAUUUUGUUGGUUGGCUUAGCGACCAUAAGUAAUGCCUCGAACAUUGCAGUAUUUCAAUGCCAUAAUCCACUCUCG